GAAGACGUGGCGGCUGGUGGCUCGGGCUGCUCCCUCCCCCGGCGUCUCCGAUAGCGACCGAGCUUGUCUCCUCGGCUUCGGAGACGGACCGUCAUCAUGAUCUCGCUCACAGACACCCAGAAAAUCAGCAUGGGACUGACGGGAUUCGGAGUGUUUUUCCUGUUCUUUGGGAUGAUUCUCUUCUUUGACAAAGCACUACUGGCCAUUGGAAAUGUCCUGUUUGUAGCUGGCUUGGCUUUCGUCAUCGGUCUAGAAAGAACAUACAGAUUCUUCUUCCAGAAACACAAAAUGAAAGCCACGGGGUUUUUCCUGGGCGGCGUGCUCGGGGUCCUUGUUGGUUGGCCGUUGAUAGGCAUGAUCUUCGAAGUUUGUGGAUUCUUUCUCCUGUUCAGGGGCUUCUUCCCAGUUGUCGUUGGCUUCAUUCGAAGAAUACCUAUCCUUGGAUCCAUCUUAAAUCUACCUGGAAUUAGAUCAUUUGUAGAUAAAGUUGGAGAAAGCAACACUAUGGUAUAACAACAAGCGAAUUUGAAGACUCAUUUCAAAUGUAUUAUUUAUAAAAUCCUUUGGAAGAAUAUUCAGCACAAAGUUAAAUUACCUGAAAUAGCUUGUGUAAUGUUCUUUACAGAAGUUUAAAACGUAUAGCUUCAAAGUACCAACAAUUAGCAAAGAAACAGUGAGAACAGACUUCUAGUCAAGUGAUCUGAGAAGUCAGUGAGCAGACAGAGGGGAUGAAGUCCGUGUUGCGUUGAGACUCUUGAAGGCUGUUGCUGCCUU